AUGCCAACCAUUCUUACAAUUAGCCAGCCUGACUGGCUCGCUGAGCAUGUAGCGGUGCGUACGUCGACACGAGUCCCCCCACUGUAUCAUGCAGUGCAUGCCUGCCUACUUCACUCCAUCCCCUUUGAUCAACCUUCGAAAACUCCUCUACAUCUUUCCCUAGACCAUCCAAUCCACCCACCAGAAACUGAGGGCGACCCCUUCCAUGUGAAGUACUGGCCGUGCGCGAUCCCCGCUCUUCUGAGCUUCGUCCAAGGCAUUGCUCAUCUUGAGCUAGCCGAACAUCACCAUGGUAACGGGCCUACAGGGGACGGAACACUGCUGCCCAACUUUCCGCCUAUCAGCCUGCAAGAGUUUAUCCAGGAUGACCGUCUCAUGCGUACCUUUGUGGGUAGUGGUCCACUAAAGUCCUUCUGCUAUCGACGUCUCUCCUACUUGAGCUCCAAGUUCUCACUGCAUGUCCUCCUUAACGAGUCGCGGGAGUCAUUGGAGCAAAAACAAGUGCCCCACCGAGACUUCUACAACAUUCGGAAGGUGGAUACGCACGUUCACGCGGCCUCUUGCAUGAAUCAAAAACACCUCCUGCGUUUCAUCAAGAAGUGCUUCCGAACUCGGUCAAAUGAACUGGUGUGCCAAGACAAGAAGACGGAUGAACCAAUGACAUUAAAACAGCUGAUGGACCAUCUGAAAUUGACAGUCUACGACUUGAACAUCGACAAUCUGGACGUUCACGCAACCAACAACCCUGUGAAGGAAGUCGGCGGGAAUUUAAAGUCCAUCAAUCCUCCUGUCUGA